UGACGUCACACAUCGUCUUGAUCAUAUGAUCAGGGAUUGGAAAAGCUUCGGCCCUCAGCGAAGUAUUUUCUGAUCUAACGCCCUCCAAAAUGAAGGGCUGUUUGUUUAAUAUCGAUGGUGGAUAUUUGGAGGGGUUGUGUCGAGGUUUCAAGUGUGGAAUUUUGCGUCACACGGACUAUCUAAAUUUAGUGCAAUGCGAAACUCUUGAAGACCUGAAGCUCCAUCUUCAGGGAACAGACUAUGGUAGCUUUUUAGCCAACGAACCAAGUCCCCUCUCUGUCUCUGUCAUUGAUGACAAGCUUCGUGAGAAGCUUGUUGUGGAGUUCCAGCAUCUUCGGAACCAUGCUGUGGAACCAUUGUCAACUUUCCUUGAUUUCAUUACGUACAGUUACAUGAUUGACAACAUCAUUCUUUUGAUCACUGGAACGCUGCACCAACGUCCCAUUAAUGAACUUAUCCCCAAGUGCCAUCCUUUGGGAAGCUUUGAGCAGAUGGAGGCCAUCCAUGUGGCGGCAACUCCUGCUGAGUUGUACAACGCAGUUCUUGUUGAUACUCCACUAGCUCCAUUCUUUGUGGAUUGCAUUAGUGAACAAGAUUUGGAUGAGAUGAACAUUGAAAUCAUCCGAAACACCCUCUACAAGGCAUACCUUGAGGCCUUCUACACCUUCUGCAGGGAGCUGGGUGGAACAACUGCCGAUGUUAUGUGUGAAAUCCUUGCAUUUGAAGCUGAUCGCCGUGCAAUCAUCAUCACCAUCAACUCCUUUGGCACCGAGCUCACAAAAGAUGAUCGUGCUAAAUUGUAUCCACGAUGUGGUAACUUGCACCCUGAUGGUCUUGCUGCUCUUGCCAGAGCUGAUGAUUAUGAACAAGUCAAGUCAAUUGCUGAAUACUAUGCUGAAUACCGUGCUCUCUUUGAUGGUGCUGGAAAUAACCCUGGAGAAAAGACACUCGAAGAUAAAUUUUUUGAACAUGAGGUUCGUCUCAAUGUGAAUGCCUUCCUGCAGCAAUUCCACUUUGGUGUAUUCUACUCCUACUUGAAACUGAAGGAGCAGGAAUGCAGGAACAUUGUGUGGAUUUCAGAAUGUGUGGCUCAAAGGCACCGUGCCAAAAUUGAUAACUAUAUCCCGAUCCUGUAAUCCAUCUACCUUUGAACAUUGAUUGCAAACCACUUACUUUUGCAAUUGAUAAUGAUUGAACCCAAACUGGAUUUGGCAUUUUAAGAUUCAGUUUUAAAGGAACAGUCUUUUUUUGUGAAGAAACUUUCUGUAUGAUGAAAAUAUCAUGGUUUUAUUCUAUCUGUUAAUUUGUUAAAUUCAAUGAUAAGAUCAUUUAAAAUUAAAAUAAUGAUUAUUCUCUAGAACAGAGAAUGCUCGAAUUUUAUCACUAGCCAUUCUUGAGCAUUUAAUUCUGUAUAAAGAGAGAACUUUGGAGAAAUGUUGGCUUUGAAUGCAUUGUGCACAGCUUUAUCUUGUAGUGCUGUGUAUUUUUAUUCUGUUGCAUUUCAGCAUUUUUUUUUGCCAGUCAUACAGGUUAUAUGUACGUACUUAUUUGGAGUACUUCUAUUUUAUGCAAGCAUUUGCAGCCAUAAUUUUUAAAGAGAAAUACAUUAAAGUUACCACAAACUGAUGAAACAGCUUUUAGGGAAAAAUUGUAUUAAUAAAUCCCAUAUCAUGAAAUUAUUAUUGAAGAGUGGAGAUUAAGGUAUAGAAAUUUAUUGCAUUGCAUUGUUGAAUUUAUGGUUUGUUAUUGGCGGUGUUUCUUUUGUACAGUACCCCUGACAUUUUAUCAAAGAAAUUGUAAAUCAAGGAGAAUUGCCCAACUGCGUGAGAGAUUAUGCAUUCUGCUCACAUUGUUGAUCUUCCUAUCUUUGUGCUCAUUUUUUUCAACCAUUAAAUGUCUUGUCAUCUUAUUCUGGACAGUUAAAAAGUAAGUUUCUGAUUUAGGCCUUUUGGUGUUGUAAACUUUUGUCGUCCAUCAGAGUGCAAGCUAUGCGAACUUCAAUGAAACCAGUUUUGUGUAAAUAAUUGUAUAUUGUCAGACAAAAGCACAAAAAUAGUAAAUCAAACACAACUGAAGACUUCUCAAUUCAUUAAUUAUCAGAUCAGUCUCAUCCAUUGUAAUUCUCUCUGCUUGAAUGUGUGAUCAGUGUAUUAAUUGUACAUUCCAGUAUUAGAUUAGUAAACAUUGUGUUUGAA